AAACAAGGAGCCGACCAAUCAGAGAGCUGGUGGGCCGGUAUUCAGCUGCCAGUCUGGCCUUUAUAAACUUUGUGUACCUCAGCCGAAGAUUAUUUCCUUCGUCGUCUUCAACUGGGAAGAACAUACAUACAUACAAAAGCAACAAUGCUGCCUCUCGCCCUGUUGGCCAUGUACCUUGGAGCAGCCCUGUCAGCCCCCAGCAUGGACCCAAAGCUGGAUGAACAUUGGAACCUGUGGAAGAGCUGGCACAGUAGGAAAUAUCAUGAGAAAGAGGAGGGCUGGAGGAGAAUGGUGUGGGAGAAGAACCUGAAUAAGAUCGAGCUGCACAACCUGGAGCACUCCAUGGGCACACACUCGUACCGCCUGAGCAUGAACCACUUUGGGGACAUGACUCACGAGGAGUUCAGGCAGAUCAUGAACGGCUACAAGCGCAAAGCGGAGAGAAAGGUCACGGGGUCCCUGUUCAUGGAGCCCAACUUCCUGGAGGCCCCACGUUCUGUGGACUGGAGGGAUAAGGGCUACGUCACUCCCGUUAAGGACCAGGGUCAGUGUGGCUCUUGCUGGGCCUUCAGCACCACCGGAGCUCUGGAGGGUCAGCAAUUCAGGAAGACGGGCAAGCUGCUGUCGCUGAGCGAGCAGAACCUGGUGGACUGCUCCAGACCCGAGGGCAACGAGGGCUGCAACGGUGGUCUGAUGGACCAGGCCUUCCAGUACGUCAAGGACAACAACGGCCUGGACUCUGAGCUAUCUUAUCCUUACGUUGGGACGGACAACCUGCCGUGUCACUAUGACCCCUCCUACAACUCUGCCAACGACACCGGGUUCGUCGACGUGCCCUCCGGUAAGGAGCACGCUCUGAUGAAGGCCGUCGCCUCCGUGGGACCCGUUUCAGUCGCCAUUGACGCCGGUCACGAGUCCUUCCAGUUUUACCAAUCAGGAAUCUACUAUGAGAAGGCGUGCAGCUCCGAGGAGCUGGACCACGGUGUGCUGGUGGUGGGUUAUGGCUACGAGGGAGAAGAUGUGGACGGAAAGAAAUACUGGAUCGUGAAGAACAGCUGGAGUGAAAAGUGGGGAGACAAAGGCUUCAUCAUGAUGGCUAAAGACAGAAAGAACCACUGUGGCAUUGCGACAGCAGCCAGUUACCCUCUUGUCUAACGUUAGCUCAGCUGCACUGAGUCAAGUGGUUUUAUUGCAAUAGUCUGGUUGACGGCGGCGAGCGACAGAUCAGAGCGAAGAUAUCGACAGGAGAUUCUGCGAUGUUUUAUGAAGAGAAACAGUGUUUGUUGUUUUUAGGGGAAUGAUGCCAUUUUGUUUUUGGCUGUCUUUAUUUUAUCUGGAAAUAGAUUUUAGUCUGAUGUUUUAUUCUUUGUAAAUAUGUUUAUGCUGCUUGGUAAGUGAACACUUGCUAUGGUCAUUGUAAAUGAUUUUUUUUUUUUUUUCUACUUUUACUGUGAUCAAUUAAAGUUGAGAAA